GAAGGGGUGUGGUCACGUCAGCGUCCGCGCCUUUGGGCCUGAGGAGUGGCGGUCCGUCUGAGGCGCAUGGUUUUCCCCGCUAAGCGACUGUGCCUGGUGCCAUCCAUGGAGGGCGUUCGCUGGGCCUUCUCCUGCGGCACCUGGCUACCAAGUCGAGCCGAAUGGCUGCUGGCGGUUCGAUCGAUCCAGCCCGAGGAGAAGGAGCGCAUCGGCCAGUUCGUGUUUGCCCGUGACGCCAAGGCGGCCUUGGCUGGCCGUCUGAUGAUAAGGAAAUUAGUUGCAGAGAAAUUGAACAUCCCUUGGGAUCAUAUUCGUCUGCAAAGAACUUCAAAAGGAAAGCCGGUCCUUGCAAAAGACUCGAUGAAUCCCUAUCCCAAUUUCAACUUUAACAUCUCUCAUCAAGGGGACUUUGCAGUUCUUGCUGCAGAACCUGAGCUACAAGUUGGCAUUGACGUGAUGAAGACUAGUUUUCCAGGUGGUCGUGGUUCAAUUUCAGAAUUCUUUCAUAUUAUGAAAAGAAAGUUUACCAGCAAGGAGUGGGAAACAAUCAGAAGUUUUAAUGAUGAAUGGACUCAGCUGGAUAUGUUUUACCGCCAUUGGGCACUGAAAGAAAGCUUCAUAAAAGCCAUUGGUGUUGGAUUGGGAUUCGAAAUGCAGCGGCUUGAAUUUGAUAUAUCUCCAUUAAACUUGGAUAUAGGCCAGGUUUAUAAGGAAACACGUUUGUUUUUGGAUGGGGAAGAAGAAAAAGAAUGGGCCUUUGAGGAAAGCAAAAUUGAUCAACACCAUUUUGUUGCAGUGGCUCUUAGGAAUCCUGAUGGAUCUAGGUAUCAAAAUAGUUCAUAUCAAGAUGAUCCUAAACCAUCCCAGAGGGAGUUUACCAUUCUUAACUUCAAUGAUUUGAUAUCAUCUGCUAUUCCUAUGACACCUGAGGAUCCUUCAUUUUGGGACUGUUUUUGCUUCACAGAAGAAAUUCUAAUACGAAAUGGUACCAAGUCAUGAUAUGAUUUCCUGAGUUAGGAAAUGAAAUGAAAGGGUAAUCUUCUGUAUUCACUGAAAUAAAUUGUCUGAUGUGAUCAAAUUUUAUUUAACAUUUAAAAUUUUUUUUUUU